UUGUGAAUGACGAACUGAUCCUUUUGCUCUCUCUCUAUCUUUUGUCCUGUUAGAUUCUGACAAGCGUGUCCGUGCGCUUAUCGCGCUUUUCAAUGCCUUGUGUAUACCGGAAAAACUGUUGGUUUUAUUUUUCGAUUUUUGCUGCGUCUACACUCUGGUUAUAUAUAAAAGGGACUUGCAAUUGUUAAUUGAAUCCCCCCCCCUCUUUUUCCCAAUUGUGGUAUGCAUUCAACAAUAGCAAAGAAAAUGUCCAAACCAAUUGUUCUUCGUCUUGGUGAAGUUUUCUAUGCAGAUAAAGCGUGGAAGCAACUAGAGUCCAUAGCCACUGUCAUCGUUGACGAUUCAAAAAACCGUCAAGAGUUCUUGGAGAACUUGCAGGGCAAAUACAAAGAUGUUCAGUAUAUCACGAGAACGUUCGGCAGUGCCAAUCAAACCGGUUUGUUUGAUGAAGAGUUGAUUAAGCAUUUACCAGAUUCAGUCAUCGCCGUUUGUCACAAUGGUGCUGGUUAUGAUCAAGUAGAUCCACAUGCACUUGCUGAGAGAAAGAUCCAGUUGUCCAACGUGCCAGAAUUGGUUGAUGAUUCCACAGCUGACACUCAUGUGUUCUUGCUGCUUGGUGCCCUGAGAAACUUUAGUGAUGGUCAUCAUAGAUUGUUAAGAGGAGAAUGGCCUGCAAGUCCACGAGCUGCAGGUACACCGGUGGCUCACGAUCCAAAGGGUAAAACCGUUGGUAUCGUUGGUCUGGGAGGUAUUGGUAGAAACGUCUUGAAGAAGUUGAAACCAUUUGGAUUUGAGAGAUUCGUAUAUCACAAUAGAAACAAACUGAAUGAAGAGUUGGAAGGUGGUGCCGAAUAUGUAUCAUUUGACGAACUUUUAGCUACUAGUGAUAUCAUCUCCAUUAACGUGCCAUUGAACAAGCAUACAAAGCACAUGUUCAACGCCGAUGUGUUUGCCAAAGUGAAGAAGGGUGCAGUCUUGGUGAAUACCGCUAGAGGCGGUGUUAUCGACGAGACCGCAUUGAUCCAGGCGCUCAAGGAUGGUACUCUAAGAUCCGCGGGUUUGGACGUGUUGGAGAACGAGCCAAACGUUAAUUUAGAGCUGGUUUCCUUACCAAACGUUUUGGCACUACCACACAUGGGUACCCACUCUGUUGAGACCAUCCAAGCCAUGGAGGAGUUCGUUGUUGAAAACGUUGAGAAUGUCAUCAAGACUGGGAAAGUUAUAUCUCUUGUUCCGGAGCAGAAGGAAUUAUUCUAGAUCAGUAUAGAAAAAGGUGAAUCUACGAAAGUCACAUUUAAGUAAGGGAUUUGUACAGCUAUGUACUAUUUGUGUGUCCCAAGCGGACAAUGUCCACCAAAUACCACUUGUCAUACCACAAUCCAUAGCCCUUUUAUAAACUUUAAAAGCAUGAGCGUUUGGGACAUGGCCAUCGCGUAAUGACAAACGCAGACAAAAAUAAUGUCCG